GCAUACACCCAGAAAUGUCUGAUAUCAACCCACUUGACGUCUUAGCUAUCAAGAACGUCGUAUCGCGUUACUGCCAAGCGCUUGAUACGAAAGACUUUGAUAUGUUGGAAGAGGUGUUCGUUCCCGAUGUUGAUGCUGACUAUCCUUUCAACUCAUCUAUGAAGAACGUAAAGGAGGUGGCGAGCGCAAUCAAGAAACGUCUCGGGCCGGUUCGCACACAUCACAACCUGACGACGCAGACCAUAACCUUCAGAUCCGAUGCACAAACCGCACGGGUGGUAACGUACUUUCACGGUAUACACUUUGGGCAAGGCCCUCACGAGGGAAAGAUGCUAUCCGCGUUCGGCAAAUACGUGGACAACAUGGUAUUGCUAGAAGCAAAGAACGGUGAUUUCGAGGGCGUACGGGGUGCGAGCGGGGUUUGGAGGAUAAAGGACAGAGCCGUGACCUUUACUCAGCGUAUCGGUGAUGAGAACAUCAUGAAAGAGCAUUGACGCGAAAAGGGUUGACACCGCUUUUUUUCAGGCAGACCAAGCUAGUUUUUCGGGUUCCUGUCGUCUUUGCAGUUCUCACAGAAGCCCAUGAGAGCUGCCCCAUGCCUUCCUCAUGCACAGUACAUGUCAUUGGCUACGUACAAGUCGCAGCUGCCCAAAUUAUCCGAGCUGCCUUACUUCAUCUGCAAAUGUGUUUCUUCCUUCUGCGUAUGGACUGACCGAUCACCUGUAUCUGUCUUGGCCUGCACAACCACGCAGCUCCAUCUGUCGCAUUGCUAGAUACUAUCGCUUACGUUCGUGUGUACAUUCUUAGCUAUCACUUCAACCAUGGUUACUUUCCCA